GAGAGAGAGAGAGAGAAAUGAGAAUGGAGUGGUGUGAGUGAAAAUGGCGUGGAGGGGGUGGAAGCUUUUCCUUUUCAGUUUGCUUUUGGAAAAGCAGACAGGCAUUUCUCUCUGAUUCUUCUUCUGCUUCUCCUCACUUGUUCACAUCACAUCCCUCUUUUCUUUGUCUAAUUUUUUUCCAAAUUUGAAGAACAAAACAGUCAAGAAACACAUGAAUAUGUGCCUUCACUUCCUCCUGUGAUUUUUCUCUGCAUUGUCUUGUGAUAAUCUUCUGUAAGUAGUCUGGUUCUUUCUUAAUAUUCAUCUGGGCUGCCAUCCCUCGGUUUGUUUCUUCAUGGUCCAUUUGCAAAUUUUUGAAAAAAGUUGGGCCGAUGACGAGGGUUAGUCCAGAAUUUGGAGAUGAGGUGCAGGCAGUCUGGACGUUAUCAGCCGAUGUGAGCUUUCAGUCUAAUCAAUUUCCUAAGUAUAAAUUAGGACCUGAUAAUGAAAUUCUAGAGGAGAUCAAAGAGGACAACAAGGGUCCACCCCUCAAGGAAGUUGUCAUUCGGGAAACAAACCAGCUAACUGAGCAACAUAAGCGUCUUUCUGUUCGCGACCUGGCCAGCAAAUUUGACAAGAAUUUGGCUGCUGCAGCCAAGUUGUCAGAGGAGGCUAAACUUAAGGAGGUGGCAUCUUUAGAUGGGCAUGUGCUUCUGAAGAAGCUUAGGGAUGCAUUGGAAUGUUUGAAAGGAAGAUUGGCAGGUCGAAACAAAGAAGAUGUGGAGAAAGCUAUUUCAAUGGUAGAGGCUUUGGCAGUAAAAUUAACUCAAAAAGAAGGAGAGCUAAUUCAGGAGAAGUUUGAAGUGAAAAAGCUAGUCAACUUUCUCAAGCAGGCCUCUGAAGAUGCUAAAAAGUUGGUCAACCAAGAAAAAUCUUUUGCUUGUGCUGAAAUUGAGAGUGCAAGAUCAGUUGUGCAGAGGAUUGGAGAGGCCCUUGAGGAACAAGAAAGAAACCAAAACCCGGGGAUGCAGCAGGAAUUGGAGGAAUUAAUUGAGGAGGUUCAAGAGGCCAGAAGAAUUAGGCUAAUGCAUCAGCCUAGGAAGGUCGUGGACAUGGAAAGUGAACUUCGAGAACUGAGAUUACAGAUCAGAGAGAAGUGUACAAUUUCACUUAACCUUCAAAAUGAGCUGGCAAGGAGCAUGAAAGCUGAGGAAAAUAUGUACCGACUAUACGAGUUAAGCGGUUCUGAGACAUUAGGUUCUAUAUUAAGGAUUCAGCCUUGUUCAGAUAAAGCAGUAGAGCUUGCAAAAUGUUCGAUCCAGUGGUAUCGUUUGUCUUCUCAAUGCAGCCGGAGGGAAGCUAUUUUAGGUGCCAACAAAUGUGUUUAUGCUCCUGAGCCAAUCGACAUAGGGCGAGUUCUGCAAGCUGAUAUAACAUCAAAUGGCCUAAAAGUCACGCUUACAACUGAUGGGCCGAUCAAGCAAGCCUCAGACUUGGGGAGCUAUCUGGAGGCACUUUUGCGGAAACCAAACAAUGACUUCAGUGUGGUUAUCUCUCAAAUGAAUGGACGGAAUUAUUCGUCACAUUCAGUGCACUUGUUCCAUAUCGGGAAAACAAGGAUAAAGCUCAGUAGAGGAUGGAUCACAAAGGCCAGAGAAUCAUACUCUAGGUCUAUGCAGCUAUGUGGAUUCAGAGGAGGCGGCAACUCUGCAGCUAAGUCACUGUUUUGGCAGGCUCGGAAAGGACAGUCUUUUGUGCUUGUUUUUGAAUCCGAGCGGGAACGAAACGGAGCCCUUACUCUUGCGAGGAAGUAUGCCUCUGAUUGCAAUUUUAUGCUUGCUGGUCCAGACGACGACGCAUUGCUGUAAAGACUGACAACGGUCUUAGUUUCCAACUAAUGAUAAUAGUACUGAAGUUUCAAGAGUUUUCAAGUGUGAAGUCUUUGGUUCUUGUCUGUGUGUGUGGAGAUGAUACAAUACAAUGAUACAUAUGCCUUUGUAAUCCCCUAAUCUUGGCAUUCAUUUCUAGUUGUUGUCUGUUCCAGGCAUUGGUUUUUGGUUUGCCUGUCUAAGUCAUUUGUCGUUAUAACCUUUCUGUUUUUAAUCUUUCACCCUUCAUUGUACCUCAUUGGUAAUGCAAACUUCAGACCUCUAUUUUAAUUUGCUAUUUGUAUUC